GCAUACAGUGCAUAUUGCUCAAUCAAAAGAAGUACUGGAACUGUACACAUGGUAACAUCUCAGCAUUCUUUAUCUGAGGCUGUAUCAGGUAGUGGGUAGUGAUUGAUGUAGAAACUAGUCUACCUGUAGUUGCUAGUUUGAAUCACAGUUCUUCAUUUGUGUACUUUGAGGAAAUGUGUAAUUAGGAAAAAUUAGAUUGAGGUAGUAACUAAGCACAGAGAAAAGAAGUGGAAAAGGUAUUUCUCUAGUUGAGUCAAUAAUGCAAAAAAGAAACUAGAACAAUGCUCCUAUUCAGAGUGGAGACACUGAUGUUUCACCAAGGAAUGUAAUUUCAAUUUUAUGCAAAUACAACCUACAGUGAUAAAUUGAAGAGGAAAUACAGGCUAUAGCCAUAGGAAUAUGUAUGGCACUGUAACGGGUAUUAUAUUAAAUUUUAGGAAAACAUCUUGAAAACUUUUGGAAAAUUAAAUAACUUAAAAGUUAAUGAUCAGAUCUAUAGCCGUGAUAGAGGGAGAUAGAAUUCUUAAGCAAUUUCUCCAAUAUUCUCAUAGUCUAAAAGAAUUUUUACCCUGAGCCAAAGAAACAAUUGCCAUACAAACUCACAGGAUCACAACAUAUACUGGAAAAUCAGCUACGCUCAUGCCCAUAAAAUACUUCUCUAAAACUUUACUUCUUUUGUUACUCGAGUCGAAUAGAAGGGCAGUGUGGUAGUCAGGGAGCCUCUAAGGUGGCCAAGUACCCCCCACCUCCUGGCUUUCAGGCAGUGCAUAGCAUCCCUUCCCUUGAGUGUUGGCUGGAUGUAGUGACUCCCCUGAGUCUCUAUUUCCUCCCCGCCCCCUUUGUGAGCAGGAAUGUCUUUCCCGUGGUUAUUGGGAUUAUCCUGUGUCUGAUCCAUCACUGGAUGUUGGGAGAGUAAGGCAAAUAACAGAUGAAGAGGAAGCAUCCGCCAGGAGCUGGCCUUAAAGAACUUCAGCCGAGGAGCCUCACCCGCCUGACCUGGUGUCAGUGAUGAGAUUCUAGACUUUGCACUCAUGUUGUAAUGCAGUGAAACUGGAGAAUUGGGGGAGGGUGUGAAUGUACUUUGCAUGUGAUGGGCAGCCUCUAACAUGGCUCCCAAUGUCUCCCCUGACCCCCACAGUAGCCCACCCUUUUGCUGUGGAUGGAACCUGCUGAAUAGCUUCUAGUGAGUAGAAUACAGCAUAAGUGAGAAAUGUCACUUCUGAUACCAGGCUGUAAAAAGAUGAGCUGUUCUCUUGAUGUCUCAUUUAUUCCCUGUGAUGGAGGCCAACUGCCAGCUUGGAAACUGCCCUAUGGAGAGGCCCACAUAGCAAGGGACUGAGGGAGGUUUCCAGCCAACAGCCCACGAGAAACAAUCCUACCAACAACCACUAGAGUGAUUUUGGAAGAAGAUCUUCCUAGUGGAGCCUCAGGGUAGCCCCUGCCACUGCGGACACAGAGACCCUGAAGCAGAGAAUCUAGCUAAGCCACACCUGCGUUGAUUGCUGACACACAAAAUCAGAGAUAAAAAAUUUUGUUGUAAGUCAAGUUUUGUGUGUAAUUUGUUAUGCAGCAAUAAGCAUCUCAUAAAGGCAUAGGUAAAAGCUUAUUUAUAAUUGCAUAUUGAAAACUUGGUCACACAGUGGGGAAAAAAAAAGCAUUCUUGAUUUCCAUCACAUCAAAAACUAAAGGUACUUUUGCAUUUCCAUCACACCAAAAAGUAAAGGUAAUGUUCUCUCACCUGUUUGCAGUGGGGUUUCUACAUUCACUUAAAGUGUGUCACAUAGGAAUAUGGGAAUUGUCCUGGGUCUCCUUGGCCCUCUACUGCAUUUCCAAGUUGCUCCAAGAGGGAUGCCACAGUGAAUCCCUCCAAUUGAACUUAGAGGUUAAUUUAGGUCUCCACCUCUCAAAAUAGCCAUUUUUAGCUUUGCCAUAAAAUCAUGUUCUGUGAAGUUGUAGACAAUCCUUACUAGAAAAUACUGUAAAUAAUUAAAAACAGAACAGAGUUCCUUAACAGUUCAAAAAAAUCAUCAUUCAAACUCAGUAAAAUAUGAGAUGAAAAUUCUUGAUGAAAAUCAUUUUAGAGGAGCUCCUUUUGACAGAAAUAAAUGACAAGACGAUGACGACCAGCAGGAACUAAGUUAAGCCUCAGGCACUGUUGUGUGACUUAAAGUAAGACUGAGGUCUGAACAUUGCAUUAUGAGAUUUCUCAGGAGACAGAACAGGAAACCCUGAUAGCUGUAGAAAAGGAAAGGGAGAAUAAUGAGGUCAGUGACAGCUGCUCAGUACUUUGUGGCACUCACAGGACAUGGAGCAUCAAAGUUGAUAGAACCAUAGGAGUCCAACAGCAUUAGCAUUUUAUCUAUCAAAAGAGGUUACAGUUUUGGCAACAAGGAAAGAGAAAACUAACACAAAUUUAAGGAGUCUUUCAAGUCAAAAUAUGUAUUUGGCCUAAUAAAUACCCCACUCCUUAAUUCUUCUAUUUGUAUAGAUUAGAGAAUCUUUAUAUUAGACAUUUUAAAUCAAUUAGUAAAAUUUUCUACAAGAUAAAUGAAAUUAUGUAUUAUUAGUAUAUUUUAUGAUCUAUUAUUUAUUAUCCUAUUAUCACAGGUAAUCCAUGAGCUUAUUUAGCUGGUAUUAUUAAAGCUAUUUAGGCAUUCGAGUCACAUGAUAGAAGAAAAAACUUGAGUACCUCUAUAAAAUCUCUCAUACUCUGAAUUGUUGCACUGUUGAAUAGUUCUUUGGGUAACUUUAAGACAAUAUUUUUGCAGUCACAGAAAUUAUGCAGGUUAUUAUUUAAGACUAUCAUGUACAAAAAUCACUCUCAUAAUCAACAGGCCUUGUCAAAACAUCCAAUUAGUUAGGUUAUUCCUUUCUGAUGGUCUUUGGGGAGUAGUCAAGGAGACUAAACAUCUCUUACAAAGCCCUGUUUCAGCUGUCUAAAUAAAUCUAUCUCUUAAUCUGAAGGAAAAGGCAAGUUUGAACAUCUGAUAUCUUUAUAAUGUUUUUCAUAUAGUUAAGUGUUUCUACUUAAUAACUAUGGUAUCGCAUAAACCUUGGAAGUUUUUGCCACUCAUCAAUAAAUUCAAAUAAAAUUAGAAUUUCAGUGUAUCUAAACCCCUAUGUUAAUCUGAAACAUUGGAUUAUAAGUAGAUCUCUAUGCUUCUUUAUUAAGUAUAUAUAUAUGUAUAUAGUAAUAUUCAUAAAAAAGAGAAUGUGAACCCUUAAAACUAUCCCUGUAUGUAGAUCAAGCCUUUUGUUGGAGAGAGAAUUUGUAGAUGAAGUUCACUGAAAGCAGUAUAAUACCAUUACCUGUAAUAAAUUGUGACUUGACAGGGAAAUAAAGCAACUUGACAACCUACUAUUAAGAAUUCCUAUUAAGAAUAAGGAAAUAUUUAUAAUAUCCUAUUUUAUCAGAAAUAUUUACAGUGUCCUAUUUUAGUCUGGUAGCUUUUGUUUGAAUUAUUGUGAUUUCAUUUUGAGGAAAGUUAAUUGAUCUCUUUUUGUUUGCCAUACACAAUAGUUAGUGGUAUUCAGGUAAAAAAAGAUUUGUUCAUUGUCCCUGACAUCUGACCUUUGAAUGUGAUCUUAUUUGUAAAUAGAGUCUUUCCCGAUGAAAUGUAGUUAAUGAUUUUGGGUCGGGGACUUUCACAGGUAUAGAGCAUAAGACAGACAUAUCUUUUGUGAAGACAUCAUUCAACUUACUACAGAUGGUAAAAAGGUGCAAACUGUAAAUCUUCCCCCAACUUGGACAGAAGCACCAAUGCCAGGUUUUUACCACCAACCAUUCUUAAUAAUCCCUACACUUGUUGUUGUUCUUUAGUUAUAAUCAAAGUGCAAUCUCUUUCUCUCCCUUUCUUCCUUAAAUAGCCCCUUACCUGACAUUCUCCUCUACUUCCCAUUUCUACCUGCAUCAUCUUCCUCUUACUCUCCUUCCAGGUAUCUUAUAUCAAGUAUUCAUUGGGUGUGUUGAAUACUUUCUAUAUCCUUAUAUAAUUUAUAUACAAAUUUUUUACAUUCCUUUUGUCAAAAAUAUUAAGACCAUUUUAUAUAACUGUAUGCUCUUUUCAGAAGUGUCUCCAAGUCAACUGAAGCAGAGCUAAUUCAUUCUGUUCAUGAUCACAUAAUGUGCCUGUAUAGAUUGUAGAGGAUAAUGUUGGGGUCCCCUUAGCUUAUUUGGUGCACCCCUUCCUAAGUGCUGUGAGUGUAUUGGCUACUGAUGGCUUACAGCUAAGCCCUUCUUGGAGAACUGCUCUAAACCCAGAUGGAAGCCACCUUGCCAGAAAGAUUAUUACUCCUGCCUCAGUCCUGUGUGUGUGUACUGGGUGGGCAGGGGACAUGGCAGUGAGGCAGACCUCAACCAGUGAUUUUGUAUUCAUAUUCUUACCUACAUACAUUUUAAUUUAUAAAUCUUAGAUUCUAAUGAGUAAUGAAUUAAGUCAAAAAUGUGUGUACCCUUUAAUAUAUAUUGCCUUUAAUAAAUAUUCCAAAGGCUAUAGCAAUUCAAAUUUUCAUCAGUGAUACAUGAGAGUACCAUUUCCCACAACCUCUUCUCCACCUAGUCUCUGCCAGGUAUAUGUAUUAUGUUUCUUUUUGUUUUUCCCAGUUGUUGUCUCCUGGUUAUUUUAUUUUUAAAUUUCUGAUUAAUAAUGAAUUUGAGCAUUUAAAAAAUACGACUUCCAGUUUCUCAUCUGGCAUAUAAGGAGCUUAAAAGUCACCAUUAUAGGAUUGAGGCAAGAUGGCGGGCUCGUGGUGAGCAGUGGUGAAGGGGUGAAAAUGGGUAUGCCUACAAGCAGAUUUUAAAAGCAGUUUCUCUUCAAAUGAUCUUUCCUCUCACCUGAUAAACAUCUUGAUUCACCAUGGCAUUAGCAGCAGCAAAAUGGGUGAUAUCAAACAGGACUGUCUUGAAACAUUUAAUUCCAAUUCAAAAUGGAGCUUUAUGUUGUGUUAGUCAUAAAUCUACAUAUUCUCUUCCAGAUGACUAUACUUGCAAGGUAGAGCUGGCUUUGACAUCUGAUGGCAGGACAAUAGUGUGCUACCACCCUUCUGUGGACAUUCCAUAUGAACACAUCAAACCUAUCCCUCGGCCAGAUCCUGUGCAUAAUACUGAAGAAACACAUGAUCAAGUGCUGAAAACCAGAUUAGAAGAAAAAGAUGAACACAUUGAGCAAGGACCCAUGAUAGAACAACUUAGCAAAAUGUUCUUUACUACUAAGCACCGUUGGCAUCCUCGUGGACAGUAUCAUAGACGUCAUAUGAAACUGAAUCCACCAAAAGACAGAUGAUAUUGAGGUUUUCAGAAGUCCAAGAGAAAUGUUAACCCUGUGUCUCGUUUGCCAUGAGAAAAUGCAAUUGGGUAUAUUCACUAAUACAUUAUAUAGUACAAUUUCAUAAUUAGAAUAUGUAUUAAGUAAUUCUGGAUUUGACAUUCUUAUUUACAGAAACCUAUUUCAUCUUAUUUUUAUUUUGAGAUAUUAAAGUCUAUCAUUUGUUUUUAUAUGUCUAGUAUGAGAAAGUAUUUUUAUAAUACAAGCCAAAUAUCAUUAGUACUAUAAAUAUGAUUAAUAAAAAUGUGCAUGGUACUUAUUCUGAAGAUUUUCAAUUGCCUGUGAAAGAAACUGAUGGAGUCCAUGAGUUUUUUGUUUUCUGACUGUUUUAAAAAUUAUGCAAGCUUCAGAACACUGGCAACUCUGUGAUUAAAACAUUAAUGUCCUAAACUGUUAAAAGAAUGUUAAUAGAUUAUUCUGCUAUUGAUUGUCACUACCAGCUUAUAUAUAAUGCUUAAUAAAGCAUUGCUGCCCCUCUAA